UGUUACAAGUGCGAUAACAAUUACAUCGGUGCUCUGACAGCUGCAAUAAAUACACAUUUUAACCCAUCCAAUCGCAGGGUCACACUUUCGUGAAAUCAUAUGAUCGAUUUGCAGUGAAAAUUUUCAGACGUUGGGCAGAAGGCAAAAGCACUGUUGUACGUGGGCUUCUUCGAAACACUUGAAUUUCUUUUCGGUUUGUGCAGUGAAAAAUACAGUCAAAAUGGCACUGAGCGAUGCUGAUGUACAAAAGCAGAUCAAACACAUGAUGGCGUUCAUUGAGCAGGAGGCCAAUGAGAAAGCCGAGGAGAUCGACGCCAAGGCCGAGGAGGAGUUCAACAUUGAGAAGGGACGUCUCGUCCAGCAGCAACGUCUCAAGAUCAUGGAGUACUACGAAAAGAAGGAGAAGCAAGUGGAGCUGCAGAAAAAGAUUCAGUCUUCCAACAUGCUCAACCAGGCUCGUCUGAAGGUGCUAAAAGUGCGCGAAGACCAUGUGAGCAGCGUGCUGGAUGAUGCCCGCAAGCGUCUCGGCGAAGUCACCAAGAAUCAGUCCGAGUACCAGACUGUGCUGACCAAGCUCAUCGUUCAGGGCCUGUUUCAGAUCAUGGAGCCAAAGGUGAUCCUGCGCUGCCGCGAGGUGGACGUGCCUCUGGUACGUGACGUCCUGCCUAACGCUGUGGAGCAAUACAAGGCCCAGAUCCAACAGAACGUCGAUUUGUUUAUCGACGAGAAAGACUUCCUCUCUGCUGACACCUGCGGUGGUGUUGAGCUGCUGGCUCUCAACGGACGCAUCAAGGUGCCCAAUACGCUGGAGUCCAGAUUAGAGCUCAUUUCGCAGCAGCUGGUGCCCGAGAUUCGUAACGCCCUUUUCGGCCGAAACGUCAAUCGCAAAUUCACCGACUAAAUUCUAUAAGUGCAAAACAAAAUAUAACUAACCAGAAGGAGAACCAGCAUCAACACCUAUCCAGAAGAAACAGUUCAAGUUAUUACAACAGAAGCUCCACCCACUAAAUAUUGUACCCAACUAAACUCAUCCUUUGGCAGUCAGGCAACAGCUAGGAUUAUAUUCGAUUUCAAAAUACUUUUGCCGUGUCUUUUUAUAGUGAAACUGAAACACUCAAGAAUAUUUCGGUCCUUGUGUACGCAACAGUUAUAAUAGUAACCACACUAAACACGCAUAUAUAUUCUCCGAUAUAUAUGUCUGUAUGCCAAUACUUACUAUAUAGUUUAGAGGACACGAUCCUAGAAGCAUAUGAAUGCAUAAUACGAGUUUGUUAAAGUUUGUUCGUUGUUUUUUUUUUACAUAUGCACAUAUUGCUGAGCAGUAGGUCCAGACAUGUGCUUAUAAAUUUUAAAAUUUUGCAUACAUUCCUGUCCAAGAAUUUUUAUUUCAGUUUUUCCCUCCUUUUUUGUACAUUAUGUUCUGUAGUCUUUGUUAAAUUUCUAUAUGUCUAUGUCGCUUAUGUUUGUAAUUAUCAAGUGCAGCGUUUAGGAGGAACAACAGCAGUGGAUCGCCAUUUUUAAAGAGCCGCUGACAGGUUGCGCAUGUUACCACACAGCAUUGUUGCCCAGCGAAACACCGAAAUGGACCUAAACCACCGAUUUCGCUGCUUCGUGGGCAACGGACGCAUGUGCAGCUGCCACCGGCUCAACAAAAGUCCCGAACAUCUUCAAUGUCUGUUGUUGAGAUAUCGAAAGUUAAGAAUACACACUGCUUAGCACGCAACACAUAAACCCACCCCAUAACACAUACGACGAUUAAGUAUUGCCAAGCUGGCCAAGUAGCUAAAUUGUUGACGAUUAAGUGCAGCUUCCACACCCUUAUAUAACUACUUAAAAGAAAAUAUGAAAAAAUGGAAAUUAGAUAUACAAUUUAGGGGACUGCCGAACUGCUACCGUUUCCACCCGUCGCUGCACCUUCAUAUCAGGCUUUAAAACAACACCAUGUUGAUACACACGACUAGCACGCAGGAACUACAGCAGAUUUGAACCUUGUAUUUGCAUGUUUGCCAAUGUUCAUAGUGUAUUCUUCUAGCUCAUUUUCUAACCGUUACCAAGUAAAUCGAAAUUGUUCAAAGAUGAAUAGCUACAAGUUUAGCAAUCAAAUUCAAAUAGCAUAUGCGUUAUUAUAUAACAUCGAGUACUAUAUACAUUACAUGAAAUACAAAAUGCAAGUAAAAUUACUUUUAAACACAAUUUAUGUUGAAUAAAACAGUAUUUCCAAAAACUAAA